AUGGGAAGCGAUGCCGCUGACCGAGAACUGGGGGCCAUUGCCCGGGGCCUGGAGCGAGGCCAGGCUGGCUUUGUCCCAGCUGACCACUCCGGUCAGGAGAGAGACACUGAGAAGGCCGUGGAUCGGCUAGGCAAUGGAGCACAGAGCAUCCCUAAUGGUAGUCCUGCCCAUGGUGAGGGCACCCACUCGGAAGAGGAAGACUUUGCCGUGGAGGAUGAGGAUUCUGAUGGGGACCUGAAUACCUGGGAGCUGUCAGAAGGAGUGUCCGACUGCCCGCCCAAGGAACAGGCUGCUGAUCUUUUUAACGAGGACUGGGACUUGGAGUUGAAAGCAGAUCAAGGGAAUCCGUAUGCUGGUGGCGGUAAAGACCCAUCGGCGCACUGCCUUCUGCGAGAUCCACUGGGCGAGGGUCGCUGGAGCUGA